AUGACACAUUAUGGAAGCCACAUGCGGAAGCAGCAGAGUCUGUCAGGAGGCAGAGGGAUAGUGGGGAACUUAUUGUGCUCUCCACAAGAAGGAAUAGAUGAGGCAGGUCUUUCACAGUACAGCGAUGAGAACAUGAUGGACCCUUAUAACCUGGCCAUUUGCUUUGGCCCAACAUUGAUGCCUGUCCCAGAAAUACAGGAUCAAGUGUCUUGCCAGGCUCAUGUGAAUGAAAUUGUCAAAACCAUCAUCAUCCACCAUGAAACUAUUUUCCCAGAUGCUAAAGAGCUGGAUGGCCCAGUUUAUGAGAAAUGUAUGGCUGGAGAUGACUACUGUGACAGCCCCUACAGUGAGCAUGGCACACUGGAGGAAGUGGACCAGGACGCUGGUACAGAGCCCCACACCAGCGAAGACGAAUGUGAGCCAAUCGAAGCAAUUGCCAAGUUUGACUAUGCGGGGCGGACUGCCAGAGAACUGUCCUUCAAGAAGGGUGCCUCCUUGCUGCUGUAUCACCGCGCGUCUGAGGACUGGUGGGAAGGAAGGCACAAUGGGAUUGAUGGGCUUGUGCCUCACCAGUACAUAGUGGUGCAGGAUAUGGAUGAUACCUUUUCAGACACUCUGAGCCAAAAAGCCGACAGUGAGGCCAGCAGUGGGCCCGUCACAGAAGACAAGUCUUCGUCCAAAGACAUGAACUCCCCCACAGACCGCCACCCCGAUGGCUACUUAGCCAGGCAAAGGAAAAGAGGAGAGCCACCACCUCCCGUAAGGCGUCCUGGCAGGACCAGCGAUGGCCAUUGUCCCCUACAUCCCCCACAUGCCCUUUCCAACUCCUCAGUUGACCUGGGGUCCCCAAGCCUGGCCAGUCAUCCCCGGGGCCUGCUACAGAACCGUGGCCUCAACAACGACAGUCCUGAGAGGAGGCGACGGCCUGGCCAUGGCAGCCUGACCAACAUCAGCCGGCACGACUCCCUCAAGAAGAUGGACAGCCCUCCCAUUAGAAGGUCCACGUCAUCGGGGCAGUACACGGGCUUCAAUGACCACAAGCCACUGGACCCAGAGACAAUUGCUCAGCCUACGGUGGCACCCAGGAUGGGUGUGCAGCUGAAGCCCCCAGCCCUUAGGCCGUAACCUGCUGUUCUUCCCAAAACAAAUCCUACUAUAGGACCUGCCCCACCUACCCAGGGUCCAACAGACAAGUCUUGCACAAUGUAAAAACCAGCUGAGCAAGGCCAUGAGGAGAGGUGAUUUAAAAAAGAAAACGGAUUACUGACAAAAAAUCAGCGAUCCAUAACUUUCCUUAGUUUUGUGCUUAUAACUGGAGAUCUUUUGGCUUUUCUAUGUUGUUGGAUGUAAUGUCGAGACUAGCUAAAUUAACACGGGCAUUUGUAUUUUGUAAUUUUUUUUAAAUAACUGGACAUAUCCUAUGUCAUUUUAAAGACAAUAGAAACACUUAGACUUACUUGAAAAUCCAAUGCUGCACCACUUGUAACAAAGGCAACACCACUCUCUGCAUUGUACAGCGCUUCAUAUUUAGUGUAGCCCGGAUGAGUCAGAAAUGGCCUGAUCCGAAGGCAGGAGAAUCCCAGUUCCAGGUCUUACUGGAGUAUAACCAGCGUUGGUCUGUGGCACUUGGGGUAAUGGCUGAACAGUGAUCACAUCAUUGUUUGGUACCUGACAGCGAGCACCUCUGAUUGCAUGCAGAGCUAGGGUCCAGCUCAUGCUAAAGACUCACAGUUGUCACAGUGAGACAUUCCCAGUGGGACCUUCAGCCCAUGGCUUGAAUGGGUUAGAUGGAUGACUGCCUCUUUCAAAAGUUGUUUCCCUGGCCCGGGUUAAAGACUCAGUGAAAGAGGGUCGAUCCUCUGCAGUUAUUGCUUGAACUUAACCUGGGAAAGGAGAGGGAGACUAUCUCCAAAGCUGUCGAUGUUACUCCUUUCGUGGGUGUGAUCAGGCCCAAGACUUCCAAGUCUACCCCCUGCAUUCACAAAGGACUAAACAGUUAAUUUUAAAGACCUUCUGGUUAUGCUACUCCACAAACUGUUCAAUAACUGCCUGGAGAAUAUUUCUAUCUCCCCUAAAUCCCUGUGUUCCCCUCCGUGGAAAUGAAGAGAAGCAGCACGCAGGUC